CGUCUAUAAAACAAAUCGGUACCGCAGCCAAUUGACACUUCCAAACGAGCCUCUCUAACGAGCAAUAUAUCCGUAAUAAACAAAGGUCGUGUUUGUGGAAUCGCUUUUGGACGGACAAGUUAGCGCGGUUUUUAUUUUCACUUCCAACAUUCGGAACUGUAUCAAUCGUUCGAAUUUGUUGUUAGUUUGCAUUUGUAUUUUACCGCACAACGACCAGUUAAGAGUUCUCAGUACCGCCGAGCAAAAUGAAGACGAUCGCAAGCCUCAUACUAGCGGCCCUUUUAAUUCUACCGUCAUUUACUCAACAGCAGCGCUUCGAUAUCAGCAAUUCUGUUAAUACAUUUGGAAUAAAUUUAUUAGGAGAGACAGUGAACCAAGGAGGCGACGGAUUAAACAUAGCCCUAUCGACCUACUCAGUGUGGACUCUAAUGGCGACUCUCGUAGAAGGCGCAAGGGACAACACCUUGCGGCAAUUACAAAACACUCUAAGACUACCGCCGAAUAACAAAGUUCUAGUUAGAUACAAUUUCCAGAAUCUCACUCGAUACAUGAACGUUCGAUCGAGCGCGGUGAAUUUGGAGACCGAAAACGCGAUGUUCACCAACAAAGAGUUCCCCGUGAAGGCGGCCUUCGAAGACGCCGCCCUGCAGUACUACGGAGUACCCAUCACUCCCGUGAACUUCAGAUCCCCCGGCCCGGCGGCCGCGAUUAUUAACAGAUACGUAGCGAGGCUCACGAGGAACAGGAUCCCCAAUUUCGUCGACUCAGCCGAUCUGCUGGACGCGCAGGUGUUCAUGGCCAGCCUGCUGUACUUCAAGGGGCUGUGGAAGAGCCCCUUCCAGCGGAACGCCACGCACACGGAGUCGUUCUACGACGAGAAGGGCAACAAAAUCGGCGACGUGGAGAUGAUGUACCAGACGAGCAGCCUGCCCUUCGCGCGCCUGGAGGGCCUCAACGCGCACGCGGUCGAGCUGCCCUACGGCAGCGACGGGGCGACGUCGAUGGUGCUGGUGCUGCCGUUCAAAGGCGACGGGGUGGCCGCGGUGCUGGGCAAGAUGUCCCGGAUGAGGUUCUCGGAUGUCCUGCAGACGAUCGAGGACGCGGCGAGGAUGUACCCGGAUGAGCUGAUACACCUGUAUCUGCCCAAAUUCAAAGUCUCCUCUAAUUUUAACCUGAACGUGGUGUUAACGAAGAUUGGUAUAAAAGACGUUUUCGACUAUUCCAAAUCGAAUUUACUGGAUAUGUUCGAUCAGUAUUUGUAUUUAUCGCGGUUGAUUCAAAAGGCCGAAAUAGAAGUCGAUGAAGAGGGAACAAUUGCUACUGCUGCAACUGGUGCUUCGUUCGUAAACAAGGCUUCGCCGGCGAGAUUUAGAGUUAACAAGCCGUUCUUGUAUUUCAUAGUGAACAAACUUACCAGGUCCAUUGUGUUUGCGGGGAAAAUCAGCAAUCCCAACACGCUGAAGUAGUUGCGUAUGAACCUGUACGAAUAAAAUUUCAAUUUAUGGAAUGAAUCGGUUGUUUUGAUUUGUUAAUUUUAUAAAUACAUUAAAAUUUUGUACGUUAUC